AUGACGUUUCUAAAUACUGUACAUAAUAUAAGCAGAAUAAAUAAAAGAUUCCUGCCAAAUCUUUUAAAGUGUGGCACGAGGAGCAUAUCAACGCAGUCAAACAGCUCAAAAUCAAACGAGUACGAUGUAUUUAUAGUGGGAGGAGGAACGACGGGGACAGCACUGUUCUACACUCUGUCAAAAUUUACAGAUGUGAAGAGGAUCGCACUUUGUGAAAGAAGGGAAGGCUAUGCCCUUUCAGCAUCAUACCCGAAAAACAAUAGCCAAACAAUACACUGCGACAUCGAGAGCAACUACACCACGGAAUCAGCAAGGAAAGUGAAGAGAGCAGCAGACAUACUGAGAAACUACCUGACGAAACUGCCUAAAGAUGACUUGGAUAAUAUUGCAAUCGAAGGGCAGAAGAUGCUGAUAGGGGUGGGAGACAGGGAGUGUGAGUUUAUAGAGAAGAGAUACAAGCCGUUCAACGAAAUAUUCCCGUCAAUAGAGUACCUGACGAAAGAAGAGAUUGCGAAGGUGGAGCCUAACGUAAUAUACCGAAAGGACAAAAGUCCGAGGCCAGAGGACGUGAACGCACUGUACGUGAGAAACGAACUCACGACGAUCAACUUCCUGAAGCUGUCGGAAAUGUUCGUGAGGACGGCGGAGAACCCGGACAAGCACCUGACGACGAUGAUGAACACUGAGGUCAAGGGCGUGGAGAGAGAGGGAAAGGGCUUCAAGGUGAAGACGACAAAGGGGGAUUUCGCUGCGAGGUUUGUGAUAUUCGGAACGUGCGGAUACUCGCUGCUCUUCGCACACAGGAUGGGCUUCGGCCUGGAGUACAGCGUGCUGCCGGUGGCAGGAAGCUUCUACUUCUCGCAGAACAUUCUGAGGGGGAAGGUGUACACAGUGCAGAACCCUCUGCUGCCCUUCGCAGCAAUACACGGAGACCCGGACAUAGUGGCGGAAAACCAGACGAGGCUGGGGCCGACGGCGCUGCCGCUGCCUCUGCUCGAGAGGUACAACCUGGCGAGCUUCCCGGACUUCCUGAAAGUGUUCAGGCUCGACCACAGAGUGCUGCUGGUAUACUUCGACCUGUUCAAGCAGCGAGACAUAAGGAACUACGUCCUGAAGAACUUCAUGUUCGAGGUCCCGGUCCUCUCGAGGUGGCUCUUCCUGCGGGACGCCAGGAAGAUUGUGCCCUCGCUGGAGUACGGGGACGUGGUCUACUCGAAGGGCUUCGGCGGCGUGAGGCCGCAGCUGGUGGACAAGAAGAACAGGAAGCUGCUCUUCGGAGAGAGCAAAAUAAGGUCCGGCGACGGCCUCAUCUUCAACAUAUCCCCGUCGCCGGGAGCGACCACGUGCCUGGCGAACGCAGUGGGCGACGUGCGGGAGGUGUGCGAGUUCCUCGGCGCUACAGUCUACGAGGACAAGAUAAAGACGCACCUCCUGGAGGGCGACUACGCAGUGACAACGUAG